ACCGCCCGACAAAAAUUGCAUAUAUUUUUAUUAUUCAUUCAUAUAAUUCUACGCUCUAUUAUUGAAUUUUUUGCUAUGUGUUAAGACUCGAUUCUUCACUCACUGCUGAAGAAAACGACCGUUACAAAUCCCCCUUAAACCUCCCCCGUUUUGUGAGAUCAUUAGCGUCUUCUUGCUUUCAAACAUUUUGUAAAGCCUAUUGGAAACUUGAGAAAUCAGUUGCUCGUUUUCUGCUUGGGAUGAAGUUUUAGAAGCUUUUAAUUUGAAGUAAUCGAGAAUUUCCUGAAGCGAUGAGGAUUCUUGGACUUCUGUUCUUCGUUUUCUUUCUCGGGCGCGAUGCUAUGGCAUUUACUGGAACGUUUGGGAUCAACUACGGUAGGAUAGCAGAUAACAUCCCUUCACCCGAUAAAGUGGUAAUGCUGCUUAAGGCUGCAAAGAUCAAGAACGUUAGGAUUUACGAUGCAGAUCACAGUGUACUCAAUGCCUUUAAAGGAACUGGACUGGAGUUGGUGGUUGGACUUAACAAUGGUUUAUUGAAAGAGAUGAAUGCUAAUCCCGACCAUGCCCUGAAUUGGGUCGAGGACAAUGUGAAGGCAUUUCUUCCCGACACGCAUAUAGUUGGGAUUGCUGUAGGGAAUGAAGUUCUGGGAAAUGAUGCUGAUCUUUCACAAGCUUUAUUGGGUGCUGUGAAGAAUGUAUACAAUGCCACGAAGAAGCUCGGAAUAGAUAGAGCAGUUCAGAUUUCCACAGCUCAUUCACAGGCUGUCUUUGAGAAUUCUUACCCUCCUUCUUCUUGUACUUUCACGGAUGCUGUCUCUCCGUUGAUGAAGCCUCUCUUGGAGUUCUUUUCGCAAAUUGGAUCUCCGUUUUGUCUUAAUGCGUAUCCCUUUCUGGCCUAUACUUACAACAAGGGGAAAAUCGACAUAAACUAUGCUCUAUUUCAGCCGAAUAAGGGAAUAGAUGAUGAGAAAACUGAUUUACAUUAUGAUAACUUGCUGGAUGCUCAGAUCGAUGCAACUUAUGCAGCUUUAGAGGAUGCUGGAUUCAAGAAAAUGGAAGUUAUAAUCACGGAAACGGGUUGGGCUUCUCAUGGGGACGAAAGUGAGGCUGCUGCUACGCCAAGUAAUGCGAGGACGUACCACUUCAAUUUGCGUAAAAGGUUAGCCAAGAGGAAAGGGACCCCACUUAGGCCGAAACAUAUAUUAAAAGCGUACAUAUUUGCCUUAUUCAACGAGGACUUGAAACAAGGUGCUGGCUCUGAGAAAUAUUAUGGACUUUUUAAAGCAGACGGGAGUAUAUCAUAUGAUCUCGGUCUCCCUGGACUUAAAUCUUCGUCUACUUCAUAUUCGUUUUUAUCCUUUAAGGAGCUUGGAGCUGGAAAGUGGUAUAGAUGGUGUUUCUUGUUAUUGACAAUCUCAGACCAUAAAACCCUCAUGGCUUGAAAGGGCAAACUCGACCUUUUGUGAGCCGCCACUGCAUCCCACCUGCUGCAUGUACCGUGGAUGAGACGUCAAUCCUAAUUGAUGUGACAGAAACAUCAUGUCUUUUAUCCUCUCUCUUCUCUUCCCACGGUAGACAUCUACACCUCUAGAGACUUGUACUAUCUUAUAGUAUGACGAAAUCAUUAAAAAUAUAAGUUUGUAGUGAAACAAAAUACAUAUAUUUAUAUGUAUAAUUGAAAAAAACCAAUUGGGUUUUUAUUGCA